GCGCAUGCGCAUGCGCGGGAGGGGAUCUCGCUGGGGAGAGGGGCGAGACUGCUCGGACAAGUGACGGAAACGAAGUGGUGAAAAGAGAGAAAAUGUAGAGAGGACGGCAGUUUAACCACAAUAUCGGGAGCGGAGUUUAAUGACAUUACUGAUUAAUGCUGCAUUGUGUUUAUUACUGAGGGAAUCAGACGGCGGCUGUCUGCUCACAUGAUCGGGCCAUGGAGACGGAGAUUACAGAAGGUGAUGUGCCACCCUAUUACCGAGAAGUAUAUGAAGCAAUUUGCUGUAAGCAGGAGGACCGAGUCCAGGGAAGUGUCUUUCACAAGCUGUUGAAUAGAACGAAGCUGCCACCCAUUGUACAAAGCCAGAUUGCUGAACUAGUAGAAUCGUCAAAGGAGGAACCUCUCUCAAAGUCUGCUCUGUACAAAGGUCUGGUGUUGAUUGCCCUAGCUCAGCAGGGGAAACAGCCUUCAGCCAAACUGUUGGAGAAUAUUGCACAAGCUACUUCUUCCCAAGAGUUUCCAAAGCCUCAAUUGGGUGAUGUGAGUGAGCUGGAGUCGCUCCGGAUGCAGGAUAGGGGGAAUCCUAUUCUCCUGUCAUGGACUCUACAAGACCUGUUGCACAUCGACAUGGUGCAGGUGGAGCUAAUUCCAGAGAAAAAGGGUCUAUUCCUGAAACACGUGGAGUAUGAGGUUUCCAGUCAGCGAUUCAAGUCCUCUGUUUAUAGACGAUACAAUGAUUUUGUGGUGUUCCAUGAGGUGUUGCUCCAGCGAUUUCCAUAUAGAAUGGUGCCAGCGCUGCCACCAAAGAGAAUGCUAAGAGCCGAUAGGGAGUUCAUUGAAUCUCGGCGGCGAGCUCUGAAGCGUUUUGUUAACUUGGUGGCUCGUCAUCCAUUUUUCUCCAAAGAUGAAAUUCUGCAGAUUUUCCUGUGUUUCAGUGGUCCUGAUGUUCAAAAUAAAAUCCGUGAAUCAUUGCGAGGAAUGGGUGAUGAGUUCCUGACAUGUGGAAUUGCACCAACAGCCAAGGAACUUCUGCCUCCAGAUAUCCAGGCUCAGUUUGGUGCCAGCAGGGAACUGAUACGAAACAUUUACAGCAGCUUCCAUAAGCUAAGGGACCGGGCAGAGAGGAUGGCAUUUAGAUCUGCUGAAAACGCUUCUGAUCUCCUGCUGUUCGGCAAGGAGUUGAGUACUCUGGGCUCUGACACAACACCAGUUCCAUCGUGGGCAUUGGCUACAAGCAGCAUGUGGGGAACCUUGAAGCAAACGCUUAAAAGCUUAUCUGUGGAGUUUGCAUUACUUGCUGAUAAAGCUGCAAGGCAGGGUAAACGAGAAGAGGAGGAAGUAGUGGAAAAACUCAAUAUCUUUCUGGAUUUAUUGCAGUCCUAUAAGGACUUGUGUGAGCGGCAUGAGAAAGGUGUGCUUCAUGAGCACCAGCGUGCAUUACAGAAAUACACCUCUAUGAAACGGCAGAUGAUGAGUGUAACCGUGCAGAGCAAGGAGCAGAUUUCUGUGGAGCAACUGGAAUCACGAAUCUUGCAGCAAGAAAACACCAUAUUGACCAUGGAACUCCGGAACUACUUCUCCUUGUUUUGCCUGCACCAGGAGACUCAGCUCAUCCACAUCUACCUGCAUAUCACUUCCCAUGUGCUGACUGCUUUCAUCGAUUCCCAGAUUCAAGGGCACCAUGAGAUGAGUGAAGUGUGGAAGGACUUGAAACCGAAGUUGGGAGGCCUCUUGACCAAUGGAGUGCCAUCAUCUGCUUAGUCUCUAGUGAAUCAAUCGGGUCCAAUUCCCUCUUUUCCCAAAAUGACAUAUCAUUUUUGUGAU